AUGACCAAGGACACGAUUGUCGCUCCUGACCGGCGAUCCGCCAACUCGUCCGCCUGGCCCUAUGGCCCGCUCAACACCAAGGGCCGCGAUGUCGUCAAUGCGCGGGGCGACGUCGUGCACUGGGCGGGCGUGAACUGGCCGAUGAGCGGCGAGACGAUGAUCCCCGAAGGCCUCGAGUGGGCGUCGGUCGACGAGAUCCUAGACCAGGUGGCGGGCGUGGGGUGGAACUACCUGCGGAUGGGAUACGCGAUCGAGAUGAUUGACGAGAUCUACCUGCGCGGGGGCGAGGACGUGCCGCUCGAGGUGGCCAUGAUCCAGGCGCUGGGGUAUGUCAACGGGACCAAGGUGACCAACGAGGUCAUCGCGAAGAACCCCGGGUGGACCAAGCAGACGGGCCGCUUCGAGAUUUGGAGCGACAUCGCCCGGGCAGCAGCGAAACGGGGCAUCUUUGUGCACCCAGACGUGCACGUGGGCAAGGCGCAGUGGUGCUGCUCGCACACGGACGGCAACGCGUGGUUCGACGACGUCAACUUCCCCGUCGCCAACUGGCUCCGCGGCCUUUCCUACGUCGCGAAAUGGGCACUGGACCACCCCAACGUCGCCUCCAUGUCACUCCGCAACGAGCUGCGCGAGAGUUACAACAUCACCAACCUCUACUACAACUGGCAGACUCUCGUCGGCAACAUGACGGCCGGCGCCGACGCCAUCCACAACGCCAACCCAGACCUCCUCAUCACCUGGUCCGGCAUGCAGUACGACCAGGACCUCUCGGCCCUCACCACCCGCAAGAACAUCCUCACCGCCCCCUGCUACAAGUGCACCGCCGUCCGCGACGCCGCCCGCCGCGACCCGGUAUACUUUGACCUCGACUCCCACCCCUGGGCCGACAAGAUUGUCUGGGAGCUCCACCUCUACACCGGCAGCGAGGACAUGGACACGGGCACCUGCGACGUCAUCGAGGCCGGGCUCUUCCGCAGCGGCUUCAACGCCCUCGGCAUAGACGCGCCCAAGGGAUGCGACAUCACCGGCGACUGCCCCCCGCCGCAGCGCAUCACGCCCGUCAUGCUGUCCGAGUUUGGCAACGCCCAGGACGCGAGCCUCUACAACGCCACCCUCCAGAACUGCCUCCAGGACUUUACCCGCAAGCACAACAUCUCCUGGGCCAUGUGGAGUCUGGCUGGCAGCUACCGCAUCCGCUCCGGGGUCCAGGGGCUGGAGGAUACUUGGGGCUUGACCAACUUUGACUGGACUGGCUGGAACUUUGCCGAGGGCAUCGAGAAGUACUGGAAGCCUUGGAUCCAGGCGACCAACCCGACAAAGCUGGACUAA